CUUCCUCAUUACGAAUACCUCAUGUGACAAGUUCUAAUUUCUUUUAAAGCCAGUUUGACUAAGGUCUCUUUGCUGCCUUGGGACUUUGAGAGACCACCUUCAAGGACUCUCCACCGGGCACCUGCUGGUUCUGGCACGAUGAGCUGGCUGGCCUGGGCCUUCCUGCUGUGUGCCUCGGCCACGGCGCACCUGCACAGGGACAGCACGCUGGACACCCACUGGGCUCUUUGGAAGAAAACCUAUGGCAAACAGUACAGAGGAGAGAAUGAGGAAGAAGUGCGGCGUCUCAUCUGGGAAAAAAAUCUGAAAUAUGUGACGCUUCACAAUCUGGAGCAUUCACUGGGCUUGCAUUCCCACGACCUGGCCAUGAACCACCUGGCAGAUAUGACCAGUGAAGAAGUGAUGUCCUUGAUGGGGUCCUUGAGAGUUCCCAGCCAGUGGCAGAGCAAUGUGACUUACAAGUCAGUCUCUAAUCAGGAACCGCCUGAGUACGUGGACUGGAGAGAAAAGGGUUGUGUGACUGAAGUGAAAUACCAGGGCUCGUGUGGUGCAUGCUGGGCAUUCAGCGCUGUCGGGGCUCUGGAGGCACAGCUGAAGCUGAAAACUGGGGUGCUGGUGUCGCUCAGUGCACAGAACCUGGUGGACUGCUCCAGCAAGGCAAAGUACGACAAUAGAGGCUGCAACGGUGGCUUCAUGACCCAGGCCUUCCAGUACAUCAUCGACAACAACGGCAUUGACUCUGAGACAUCCUACCCUUACAAGGCCAUGGAUGGAAAGUGCAAGUAUGACUCAAAAAAUCGAGCUGCCACGUGUUCAAAAUAUGUUGAGCUUCCCUUUGGCAGGGAGGACAUCCUGAAGGAAGCAGUGGCCUACAAAGGGCCUGUGUCUGUUGCCAUCGAUGCGAGGCACCCUUCCUUCUUCCUCUACAAAAGCGGUGUCUACUAUGACAGGUCCUGCACCGGGAAAGUGAAUCAUGCUGUACUUGUGGUCGGCUACGGCAACCUGAAUGGGAAAGAUUACUGGCUUGUAAAAAACAGCUGGGGCCUCAACUUUGGUGACCGAGGAUAUAUUCGAAUGGCAAGAAAUAGUGGAAAUCAUUGUGGGAUUGCUAGCUAUCCGUCUUACCCGGAAAUCUAGAAGAUCUCUUCAUUUGUAGCAAGUCACGAAAAACAAAACAACUCCUCGGCUUCAUUUUAUCUGCUGCAAUCAUUAGAAAUAAGUGGACCAUAUAUCCUUACUGAACUACAGAACAAUGUUUGAUUUUUGUACUUUCUUUAACUUUGUAGCUCUUGAGGGACAGUAGAUGAAGUGAACUAAUAAUGUGCCCUAGAUAUAACUAAAUGAUAAGUCCAAGACAAUCUGUCACUGUAAAUUUUUACCUUCUGUUUUUUAAAGUCACCUGAUGUUAUUUUGUAAUUUGAUGGCUUAAUAAAUCUUUUUUUGUAUCAUG